AUGGCUAAGACGGAUGAGGGUGCCGCGGAGACAGAGUGGUGUCUCGAAGGUGCAGAUGAGUCGGUGAAGGCGCAUGCGGAAGCGUAUCCACCUGGUUAUCCGGGGUCGGGAGUGUUUAGGAGGCGCCAUCCUGCUGAUCAGAUUGCUCUGAAGGCCCACAAUGCAGUUUCAUGCUGGAGUUAA